UGGCGGCCUGCGCAGCGGGAACGGCCGGUGUCGCCUCCGAUGCGGAGGUGCCAGGCUGCGUCCACACUGCGCUGCUCCGCCGCGGCCUCAUCCAGGAUCCAUACUAUAGAUUUAAUGACAUGAUGUACAGAUGGAUCUCAUUAGAUAACUGGACUUACAGCAGGACAUUUAAAACUCCUUUUGACAUCAGAAAGUGGCAGAAAGUGAAUUUGGUUUUCGAGGGAGUAGACACAGUAGCACAGAUCCUGCUCAACAAUGUCACUGUGGGGAGAACAGACAACAUGUUUAACAGAUAUAGCUUUGAUAUCACCAGCGUGAUCAAGGAGGUCAAUUUUGUUGAAGUCCGUUUCUUGUCGGCCAUUUCCUAUGCAGCAGAGCAGAGCAGGUGUCACAAAGCUUACAGCAUCCCCCCUGCCUGCCCUCCACCUGAGCAGAAAGGAGAGUGCCAUGUGAAUUUUAUCAGAAAGGAGCAGUGUUCAUUUAGUUGGGACUGGGGCCCUUCUUUUCCCACUCAAGGAAUCUGGAAAGAUGUUAGGAUUGAGGCCUAUAACCAUUACCACCUGAUUUACUUUUCUUUAACUCCUUUCUUUGUAAAAAGUACGCAGCAGUGGUGUCUUGAAAUUGAGUCUGUUUUUGAGGUAGUCAGCUCCAAGCCAAUUCCAGGUCGUGUGGUGGUGAACAUUCCCAAAUUGCAAACGCAACAAACAUUCACUGUGAAGCUUCAACCUGGAGAAGGCAGCAUUGUGCUGCUUGUAAACAUCAACAAGACUUCUGUAGUAGAGGCUUGGUGGCCAAAUGGACAUGGAAAGCAAACUGGAUACAACAUGAAAACAACUUUUAUCAUGGAGGCAGGAUACCAGAUUGAGAAAUUUUCAAAGGCUUAUUUUCGGACAGUAGAACUUGUUCAGGAGCCUAUUCCUGGCUCACCAGGUCUGAGUUUCUACUUCAGAAUCAAUGGCCGACCCAUUUUUCUGAAGGGCUCGAACUGGAUUCCUGCAGAUUCUUUCCAGGACAGGGUGACCUAUGACACAUUAAGGCUACUCUUGAAGUCUGCAGCAGAUGCUAACAUGAAUGCACUUCGGGUUUGGGGAGGAGGAGUAUAUGAACAAGAUGAAUUUUACGAUAUUUGUGAUGAAAUAGGAAUAAUGAUUUGGCAGGAUUUUAUGUUUGCCUGUGCGCUUUAUCCAACUGACCAGAAUUAUUUAGCAUCUGUAACAGCAGAAGUUCUUCAUCAGGUGCGACGUUUAAAAUCUCAUCCAUCAAUUAUUCUAUGGAGUGGUAACAAUGAAAAUGAAGCAGCAAUUUCAAGCAACUGGUUCUCCAUACCUCAUACCGAAAGAGAGAGAUAUAUCAGAGACUACCUGAUGCUUUAUGUGAAGAACAUACGAGAGAUAGUUCUUAAUGAAGAUAGGAGUCGUCCUUUUAUUGCAUCCAGUCCCACCAAUGGCUUGGAGUCAGUUAAAGAAGGUUGGGUCUCCCAGAAUCCUUAUGAUACCCAUUAUGGUGACACUCACUUUUAUGACUACAACAAGGACUGCUGGAACUGGACAAUGUAUCCUAAAACUCGUUUUGCUUCAGAAUAUGGAUUUCAAUCCUGGCCUUCCUUCAGUACAAUCGAAAAGGUUUCUUCUACUGAAGACUGGUCCUACCUAAGCAAUUUUUCUCUCCAUCGGCAACAUCACGACAGUGGCAAUGUUCAGAUGCUUCAAGAAGUUUGGUAUCAUUUCAAGCUUCCGCAGGGCACAGAUCCUGUAAAGAGGUUCAAAGAUACAAUUUACCUCACUCAGGUGAUGCAGGCUCAGUGUACAAAAACAGAAACUGAAUUCUAUCGUGCUAGUCAAAGUGAAAUAAUCAGGGGAGAAGGACACACAAUGGGAGCUCUGUACUGGCAACUCAAUGACAUUUGGCAGGCACCUUCAUGGGCUUCCUUGGAGUAUGGUGGUAAGUGGAAACUGCUCCAUUAUUUUGCCCAGAACUUCUUCGCACCACUGCUGCCUGUGGCGUAUGAAGACCAAGGUGUGUUGUACAUUUACGGUGUCUCAGAUCUUCAUGGGGACCAGAAGCUGACUUUGAGGGUCGUUGUGCACACCUGGGGUUCUUUGGAGCCAGUAUGUAUCCUUGCCAAAGAAGGUGUGAUUGUUAAAGCACAAAGUGCUGUGCCCAUCUACAAGGAGUCCAUAAGUGAUGUUCUGGAAAGAUGCAGAAAUUGUACCAGAAAAAGCUGUGUUAUUACUUUCUGUCUUGUGGGAGAAGAUGGCCUCCAGAGUCCUAUGAACCAUUUCUUCCUUUCAUCACUAAAGGAUGCUGUAGGAUUAGAAAAGACCCAGCUUAGUGCUUCUGUAUCCAAACAAGAUGAUACUUAUAUAUUUGUUCUUCAGACCACUGCAAUUGCUCCUUUUGUUUCUAUGGAUGUAGGGAAUAUAAAAGGCAGGUUUAGUGAUAAUGGUUUCCUCAUGACUGAAAAGAAGAAAGUGGUUGUGUUUUAUCCUUGGGAACCUACCAGUGUUGAAGAACUAGAAAACUCACUAACCUUGACCUCUCUGUUGGAUGUUGUCUGAAAAUACCUCGUUUCCUUCUAGUUAUAUAAACAGUGAAACAGGAGGAGAAGAAAAGUUAAAACAAUUUUACUGAAGUUGAAGUGACACACAAUUUGAGCCAACUGGAGAACAUACUGUCUGUUCCUGUCAUGUGUGAAUUUUAACUGCUGGUUCAAUGUAAAGAUAUCAACAGCAAAGCUUACAUAUAAUAUAUGUGGUGUCUUGAAAGUACAUCCAUUUUUUUUUAGUUUCACUAUGCUUUAAGUGGAAAUUCAUCUUACUAUAACAGCAAGCUGUAGGAAUCUUUGGAAGCCAGCAAAAGUGUGGACUGCACCUUUGGCAGUUACUUUAGAACUGCUCUGUUGCAAGGGGUGAUCAUCCAGAAGAGCCAAAAGCUGUGGACUGUGGGAGUGACACCCAGGUUACUGAAGACUGAACUGAGCCAAGAGCAACCCUGUCAAAUCUCCAUCUUUGUGCCAUGAAAACUGGCUGCAACUAUAUUAGGAGCUCUUUUCGUGCAACUGUGCUGCAAAAAUUAUGAAGAGACCCGCUAGAAACUAUUUCUUUUUGAGACAAAUAUUUGAACAAUUUUCAUCUAGUAAGUGAACCUGAAAUACGAACAAGUCAGCAGCACCAUCACCUGUGCACUAUUCACAAAAGGAGUGCCUGACUGCGAGGGAUCAUUGUCCAAGCUGAAGGCCUAGCAAAUAUCUAUGACAAGAAAGUCACGCUGCAGUAAAAUAUUUCUGAAGCAGGUGAGUGGUGUUGGCGACGGAAGAGCUUUUGCUGUACUCUUCUCCAGGUGAGAUGGGCUGUGUGAGAUGGAUAGUGCUUCCUGAAUGACUUCAAUGGCUUCUGUGUGAUUCAUCUGCCUCAAAGCAGCAAUCAACUCCUGAACUGUACCACCAGAGACCUAAGAGAGAAGACACCAGAUGCUCACCAUCAUCCAGGCUGGCUAGAACUGAAGGGCUCCUCACUGUCCAGGAGGACAGUGUUCUCUACACGUGUGAAUGUUCUUUAUAACUUGUUACAGCCAUGUUACCUCAUAGUUAUCUAGCAGAGUUUUCGAUGGAGAAGGGCUCAACCUGAAGGCAUUAUUAAGUAUGCCAAGACCCAGUUUUUGUGCUAGAGUGGACCAGUUUUUGGUAGGAUCAGGCAAUUCCAAUAGUUUAUAAAGCUGCAUCUUGGAACUUUCAUUCAGCUCUCUCAAGUUUCCUGGGGAACAGAGAAAUAUGUUAGUUUAUUAUUUACACAAAUCAUGCACCAGUUAAUUUCUAAGCAGAAACAAAACUAAACUGAAGAGUAUAUUAGUGUCCAGUCCCAGUGUUUAUAAAUGUAUUGCUGUAAUAUUGAAAAUGUACUCCUUUGUGUCCUUAUGACUUCUUAAGGGAAUUGUGCUCAUUCUGUGAGCAAGUGGUUGGGAGGGUACCUCUUCUCCCUCACUAGUUCAGUUACAAGCUAUAGCAGGGCAAUGUCUUCAGCCACUAUGGUUUGAGAAUUCAAUUACUAGAGGGAUAUUGUCAAGUCUUUAUAGAUGUUACCUCGUGUCAGCAACUCCUCCGAAACUUCUGUUGACUGGUAGGGUUUCCCAUUUAAUAUGUCAUACACCUAAGAGAAUAUAUUAAAUUCAGUAUUUAGCAGAAACCUUGUUAGUAUCCAUUAUCUUGACAAGUCUCAGCAGUAUUGUACCUAAUUCCAUCUGUAAAUCAGCAUUUUUUCCUCUCUGAGGUUCAGUAGUCUGUUAAGUGGAGCUUUCUUCCAAUGUUAUUUCAUUGGGGAAGUUUUGUGGCUGAAUUAGUUUAAUUUUUGAUGGCAAAUUAGUUGCUUGUCACCACUGAAAUAACUGUGGAUGCAGUGAAAGGAGCUAGCUAAGAGAUCUGAACUGUCCUUGAUGAUUAGAAAUAAAAACAGAAAAAACCUCAACAAACAGAAAAAACAGACCACAUACCUCACAGUUGGCUGCCAUAUCCAGCGGUGUUGUUCCAGGCACAAUCCCUUCAUCAUCAUCUUCAGCAUCUUUCACAUCAUCUAGAUCAAACAAUGGCUCAAAGUUCUCAAUGUGAGGAUUUGCACCUGGAAAACAAGUGUGCAAAAAAAAAAAGUAAGAAAAAAGGCCUGGAGUUGCUUUUCAACAAUAUUUAUGCAUUCUAAUUUCUGAAUGGCAAAACAGCUAAUUUAUUUACUCCAGCUAAAUGAUAUUUUAUAUUAAGCCAGCAAAUAACUCUUUUUAAAAUUACAUUUAAAUGCUGUCACAUCUCUGUGUAGUGCUACUCUCCAAUAUAAAGAGGGGGGAAAAAUGUUCCAAUAAAUAUUCAAAUCUAAUUCUUCUAAAGUGACCUAAAAUAGGAGACAGUAACAAGCUCAUUUUUCAGUGAUGGGGUUAUUUUUGUUUCUAAAGCAGUCCAACACUUAUCCCAGCUAUAACAAGGUCUCCUUUCCACUUCUUCAGCUAUAAAAGCUACACAAGAAAUAUUCAAAAAACUUCCAAGAGUGCUCAAGAGAUUUUUCUUGACCAACAUAAUUUGCCUUUUUAGCCAUUAGAUGGUGCUGAAGAGUGUUUAGUAUAGCACCUCAAAGUCGGACUUUCUGAGGAAAUUCAGACCUUCAGGCUUUUAACAUCUGACUUCCUCCACUCAUUAAAGUUCACGGGCACAUUCUUUUCUGCUUGCAGCCUUCUAACUUGAAUUUUCAUCACUGUGAAAGAAAACUCUCCAGCAAUGAUCUAUUUUCAUACCUGCUGCUUUGAGAACUGCUGUCAGUUUUGUAGAGCCCCUUCCAGCUGCUAUGUGAAGUGGAGUCGUCCCAUCAUAUGUAGUGCUGUCCACAUCUGCAUCACCCUAGGUUUUUAUUGAAUGACAAAAAGAAAUCUAUACAAUAGAGCUGCAGAGGCUCAUGUCUGCAUAAGCAUGGCAAGCACUUUCCACGCCUGUUUGCAUAAAAACUAAUGUCUGAAAAGACAUAAUCAGAGAUAACUACAACUGUCUGCAUGGAGGAGCAGAUGGUCGUGUGCUCCAGUGUUACAGCAGGAGGCACAGGGUAUAUCCAAAUAGACCAGGUACAUAAAAGCCACUUUGCAUCCCAUGUAAUGGUUCUGCCAUGUGAUUGCCCUCGGCCUUUGGAGUGUGAAUGGUGUGCACAGAAAUCUGCCUUCCUGCUGCUCUUCAGAAGAGCAGCCAGGCUGGUGGCACAUCCACACACCAACACCGAGGAGAGCUACAGCAGCAGGAGGUGUGUAGAGUUAAGGACACCAGGAUCAAGGUGUUAAAGAGAUGAGACAAAUACUUAUAGAUAUGCACAACUAUAUCUCUGUGCACAUCUCUCUACACAUUCAACUACACACAGAAGUAGUGAUGAACUUGUUAAUGAAUAAGUUCAUUGGCUGCCAGGAUUACUCAGUGCAAAUUAAACAUGGCAUAUGCAGUCAGGUCAGGGUCACUGUAAAUUCCUCAGCUUGGCCAAAAGAUUCACCAGCAGUGCUGAACAAAACCAUGAAUAACAUUACCAAUAAUUUUGCCAUUAUGCUAAUUUAAGUAAUCUAGUCAACAAACAGGAACCCCCCUUUCUGUUCCUCUGAAGCACUGAAGGAGUGUCCAGAGUAUUUAAAUAUAUAGUUGGAAAGACCUGGAAGAAAGAAAUUCUGCCCUUACCUCAAGCAAAAGGCAGCCUGCCAAAGGGAUGUUCUCUUGUUCAACAGCCAAAUGCAAUGCAGUUCGUCCAGAUUUUUGUUCCUGAGAAUUGACAUUAACUCCAGCAGCAAUCAGCUGUUUGAGGCAGGACAUACUGUUUGCCAUCACUACCAUGUGAAUUGCACUG